GAUCCAUAAAAUUUCCCAGCUCUGCACUGCAUUCACAAGUCCCUUCCGACGAAGUCUUGACGCGUUGUCCAAAGAGGACUAGCGCAGUCGUCACGUGCAGAUUCCAGAAAGUCGCAGGUCAGAGUACGCUAGACCAGGUACGAUCUAGCGCCAUGAGGGCUCCCACUGGUGUCCCACGCACACCUUGCGCAAAAAUCCAGACGGCACAUCGCGAACUUUCUGAGUUCCCCUCCACGAUCACCAGCAACCUCACUCCCUCCUCCCCACGACAACCGGUUCAUCCACCACAACAACCGUCAAGAUGGCUCCCAACAACCUGCCCCCCGUCUUCGAUGCCACCAGCAAUGACAUUGAGAUGCUCCUCGCUUCCCAGGCUCACCUGGGCAGCAAGAACCUCCAGGUUCACAUGGAGCCCUACCUCUGGAAGACUCGCCAGGACGGUGUCAACGUGAUCAACAUUGGCAAGACCUGGGAGAAGAUUGUCCUCGCCGCCCGCAUCAUCGUCUCCAUCGAGAACCCUGCCGACGUUUGCGUUAUCUCUGCCCGCCCCUACGGUCAGCGUGCUGUCCUCAAGUUCGCCGCCCACACCGGCUCUUCCCCCAUCGCCGGUCGCUUCACCCCCGGUUCCUUCACCAACUACAUCACCCGUUCGUUCAAGGAGCCCCGUCUGAUCGUCGUCACCGACCCUCGCACCGACGCCCAGGCCAUCAAGGAGGCCUCGUACGUCAACAUCCCCGUCAUCGCCCUCUGCGACACCGACUCGCCCACCGAGUACGUUGACGUUGCCAUCCCCACCAACAACAAGGGUCGCAACGCUAUCGGUACCAUCUGGUGGCUCCUGGCCCGCGAGGUCCUGCGCCUCCGCGGUACCAUCUACAACCGCGAGACCGCCUGGGACGUCAUGCCCGAUCUGUACUUCUACCGCGACCCUGAGGCCGAGGCUGAGGAGAAGGUCGAGGAGGAGAAGCUCCCCGGUGUUGAGGAGGAGGGUGCCGCCGCCAUCGAGUCCGGCUUCCAGCAGGCCGGUGCCGACUGGGAGGCUCCCGCCCCUGGCUUCGCUGGUGCCCCCGCCACUGGCAACUGGGACGGUGCUGCCGGCGCUGGUGUUGAGGACUGGGCCGCUGCCGGCCAGCCCGCCACCGAGUGGUCCAACGAGGCCGCCAAGGAAACCCAGUGGUAGGGUGUCCAAGGUCCCGAGACCGCCCCAUCCGCUGACAAGGAAAACGUCGCUCCUCCACGUACAGAGGAGCCCGCGUACGACAAUUGGUAGUC